UUCGGUGGUACCAUAGAUGUGAGAUACCUGAAGAGUAUCCGAAGCUUUAAGGAUAGCAUUAAAGCUUGCAUUUCUUGUUCCGAAAACGAAUGUCCAGUUAUAAAAGAACGUCUGGACCGUCACUUGAUACAGCAUCAUUCGUCAUCCAGUAAUCAAAGGGACUCGCAGAGUGGUUCUUCCUCUUAUUUAAGCGGAAAUUCAAGUUUAACAUCAGAUGGACAAACCUCUUCAACAGACGCUAUAAAAGACACAAGAAAAUACAAGAAAUUCUUACGUAAAGAAAUAUUGGAAUGGGCUAAAGAGAUACCUCGAUAUCCCGACCAAUCCGUGGAGCAGAAAAAAGAUAAAUUAAUAAACAAAUUCAUUGAUAAAGUCUUCGAUUUGAUCAAUGAUAUUGACAGUAAUAAUUACAAGAUGCUACUACGCAAAAAAGCUGAUUCUGUUCUGAAUUAUUUACCUGGAUUAGAUAACGAAAAGAUGCUUAAAGAAGAAUUAAAAGACAAUCUUUUAUGUAGAAUCAAUCGGUUGAACAGGAAGUUCAUGAAGGUUUCUUACAGAAAGCAAAAAUUCCCAGAGAAACCUGAGGUCAGAGAGGCAGCUACAAGUACGCUUAUUGAUAAACUACUAGAUUCUACUAGAAUACAGCACAUAUCCACAAAUACUCUACAAGAAUAUUACAAUGAAAUCAUCGGUUCAGAUACACCGUAUGAUCAAAUAUAUGUUCAUGAAAAGAAAGAAACAGUAAAUGCUAAAGUACAAGUUCAACAAAGCAUAAAUAACAUCUCCAAUGAAGAAGAGAAUCUACAGAACGAACAAGAAGAGUUCAAAGAAAUCAAAUUAUUAUUCAAACAAAAAGUAUUUGAUUGGAUGAAGAAUAUCAUGGAAAAUACGAACUAUAAAUUUGUUAACACCAAUGUCGAUAAAAACUUCAUUACUAACAUUUUGUGGGAUCAGUUAAAACAACAUAUAGUUAAAAAUUCGACCGCAAGAAGUGACAAGUUGAUUUUAAAAGUUAAAAUAUUGGAAAUGAUUGAUAAUUUACCACUCAGUACUUCUAUGAUAGAUCCUGUCCACCGAGAUACAAUUGCUGAAGACUUAAAUAGUAGACUUCGAAGCAUACAAAACUACAAUCAAAGCAGCAACACAAUUUUAAACUUCAAUGUAAUAGCAAACAAUAAAGAAAAUAUAAAACAUACGGUAAAAAAUAUCGUUCAAGAGGCUAAAUUUGGAGAUACAGAGGGUAUAUCUGACGAUAUCACAUGCAUUUUACUCAAGAAUUUAAAUGAUAUAAGAAUUGGCGAAAUAAGACUGGUAAAAGAAGAAUUAAAUACGUUGAUAAAUAAUGUAACAAAUUUAUCUGAUCUAGAAACGUUUGACCUAGUAAAUAACAUAAUUGAAGCAACUAAAGGUAAAGAAAUAAACUAUUCUGCUGCACCUUCACCAAUCAAUAUAAUAGACUUACCUCCCCUGGUGGGUACUCUAUCUGUAUUUAAAUCUGAACAUAAAAUUCGAACUAAACAUAAAACACCACAAAAGGAAAAGUCUGUGCCAAAUGAACUUCUUAAAUUAAAUUCUUCUGAAAUAAUUUUUAUAAACGAAAUAGUCGAAAUUAUCAACACAUGGUUGGAUACUUUGCCAAAAGAAUUUAAAGAUACCGAAUUGAAAUAUGACAAUAUUAAAUAUUUAGCUAGAGAAAUAUACGAUCAAAUUAAACUAGAAGAAGAAGGUGAAGCUACUGCUUCAGAGAAUGAAAAAUUUAAAUACUUUAUAGUACGUAAAUGGUUAAACAGAUUCGAUUUUUUUGAAGAUAACAAUGACGCUAAACCUCACAUUGUUCGUUUAUUAAAGGAAUUAAAAGAUAUACCCAAAACAUAUUUAGAACAACCUAAAGAUACUGUUAGAGUAUGUUGUGGAUCAAAACCUCAAUCAUAUGAACCGGAAAUACUUAUGAAAAAUCUAAUACUAAAAUACUUAGAAUACAAUUAUUCAGAGGAUAAUGUUGCAACACGUUAUCUAUUUUCUCAUUUAUUAAAAUCAGAACUUCCAAAUUUGUGUUUGCCAUCGAGAAAAGAAGUCUACGACAGCUUAGAGCAAUAUGUAUCCGGGGGUAAACUUUCAUUUAAAAAAUUAGACAAGGAAUUACAAUAUAUAAUGAUGAUAUCAGAUUUGUUGGACGAAGUACCUCUCCGUGAAAGCUUUACCAACAAACAGCGUAUUGAGUUUAUAAAUAAUCUUGCACAAAAUAUUUACGUGAUUGAAAAUAAUAAUGCAAGUCCAAAUAUAACAGAACUUCAAGUUGUAAUAAAGAAACUGAUUGAAGAGCUUCCAAUUUCGAUUAUAACCGAUUACAAUGAGAAUAUUAAUACUAUAGUUGAUGAUAUCAUCGGAAAUAUUUUAAAAACUCGAUCCUCCAAGCCUUGUUGCCUGUUUGCUAAUAGCAAUCAAGUUAAUCUUCCUAUAGAUAGUAAAACUUUAAGCGAUUUUAUUGAAUCAUUUAUACGUGAUAAUCAUACAAGUUUAACAGAAAACGAAACCAAAUUAGAAGCGAUCUCUUUACGUUUGGUCAGAGAAAUCAAUAAGUUAAUAGUAGAAAAACCAGAGGCAUUCGCUACAAGUGAAGUGUAUAAAAGAUUAGCCAAUAAAACAUUAUUAGGAGACGAAACGGUUCGAAGAUUUAGCACUGAAUUAAAUAAUGCUAAAGAAAUAUCUGAUUGGUUAAAUAAUUUGCCGUUAUUGCCCAUAGAAAGCGCAAGUGAUGCUGACAGUAGGGCUCAAAAAAUAGGUGAACUAGUUCACAAAAUGUGUGAAUACCAAGAGGCUAAGAAAACUGAACCUCAAAAUCCUACUAUCACUGCUCAUUUUAACGAGUAUUUAGAAAAAUGGUUGCUAUCGUUUCCAUUUGAUUCUCAGAGAGAAAUUUUGAUUCCAGUUGUAAUUCGACAACUAUUAAACAGAAUAGAAAGAGUGUCGAGAGAAAAAAUGAAACAAAAACAGACAAUUUCUCAAUCUAAUACCACAAAAAGUAUGGGUUGUAAAACGCCUGGUCCCUGUUGUAGUAAAAGUAGAAAUGAAAAGAAACAAGAUCCUGCCAAAACUCUAGUCGAAACCAUUGAAACGUGGUGUAGUGAUUUACCUAUUCAAGGCGAGGAGAAGUAUGUCAAGGAAUUUAAGGAGAAUAUUGCCACAAAACUUUUUCAAACACUUGGUGAUAUAAAUACAGAUCCCGAUUUUAAUAACAAUGCAAAUCUUUACACUAGUGUAUUAACAAAGGAAAUUGAUAAUUUAUUAAAAAGCAUCCCAGUUAAUCUCAAACUUAAAGAAAAUAAAGAAGCUUUAAUGAAAGUUUUAUUGAAGAAAAUUAUAGAGAAUAGAAAAAUUAUUAACCAGAAAGUAUCAGGUGACCAGUACAAACAGAAACUAGAAGAUACUAUUUCAAUGUCGAUUCCAGAACCUAAGUCAGCACUCAAUUUCGAUCCAGGCUUUGAAAUAUACAAAGAUAGAUUAGCGACAAUGUUUAUUUUGGACAAUUUUGAUUAUAGUCAUAAUGCAGUGAAGUUAAAAUACGAAAAACAGGUGCGUGACAAAAUUAAUAUAUAUUUUGAGAAUGCUCAAAAAAGAACGACUGCGUCACUUACUCGGGACCAAUUAUACAAUGAAUUAUAUAGUACUUUAUUCCGAGUGCCAAUACCAAAUGAAGAAUCUAUAACAGAUGAAGUCGAAGAAAUAAAAACGCGUUGCGAAAUUGAAAUAUGGUUUGAAAAAUUACCUCUAAUAAAACCUGCUGGGUUAAACGAAAUACUAGAAUGCGACAAAAUUCUUACUGUGCUUGCAAAGCGAUUACAUGAAAUCGAAAAAUAUGAAAAUGAUCCAGAUCAAAACAUGCACAAAGAAAUCGUAAAAUACCUGCGUAAACUGCCUUUAGUACCGGGAAAGGAUGUUUUUGUUGAUGAGUUUGCUACCGAAUUGCAAGCCAGAUUAAAAUCAACAUUUGCAAUGAGAAAAUGUGUCUCUCAAGUUGAUAUUACAAAAUUUAUAGAUAAGGUCCAACAUCCACACUUAGUUCCUAAUUAUGAAGCUCAUACUCAAACUCCGUUACCCAGAUGUUGCCAAGUUCGCCCUUUACAGUCUAAAAAACCAGCAGAUACUAUAAUUGACAUGGUAGAAUCUUGGUGCAGAGAUUUACCGAUCCCAGCUCACACACAAGAGGAAAAAGAUAAUGUUAAAUUAUUCAAAGACAACAUGGUUAUUAAAAUAAUUAUCAAAAUUAGCGAACUUAAUAUGAAUCCUGAAAUAUUCAAUGAUAAUAAGUUGUAUGAUGCUUUAUUGGAUGAUGAAUUAGAGAACAUUUUUGCUACUAUGCCAUCUUGCUGUGAUUACGUACGGAAUAAAAACAUUUUAAAACAGAAGUUGAUAGAAGCAAUUAAUUCUGUUAAGCCGUUGAUAGCGGAAGAGAAUACUCGUUACAAAUACAAACAGGAAUUAAAAACAGUUGUGAAUCAUGUUCUGGAAAAACCGGAAAAUUUAGAUGAACAAAGAACUGCUGUUGUAAAUGAGAUUAAAAAUGAUAUAGUCGAUAACUUUGUUGUAUAUUAUUAUUACAAAGACGAUAUCGAUGGUAAACAAAUGUAUAAAUAUAUGAUAAAUGAAGCAGUGUCAAAAUAUAUUAAAAUUGGAAACCAGGGAGGUACAAGUUAUUCUGCUGAUACUCUACUUAAAAGUAAUCAACUGUUAUGUGAAAUGAGUAAGGUUCCAGGACCAAAUGAGAAUGCUCUUAUGGAUGAGGUUGAAGAAAUAAGAAUGAAGUACGAGGUAACAGAAUUUCUAAACGAGUUGCCAUUGAACUUAAAUGAUGAUUCUGCACAAAUAAAAAACCAAAUUAAAUCUACAUUAGCAAGGCGUUUAAGCGACUUGGAAAAAUCUGGCCACAGCAAUGAAAUAGAGCAAAAAAUGAAGGAAGAAGUUAAGAAAUGUGUCAAGAAGAUAGACGAGAGAAUAGACAAUAUGCAAAUUGAAUCAUUUAUUGAGAAGUUAAGGAAUUCAGAACAACUGCGAAAAUCUCAUCCACCACAGAUUUCUUGCAACAAUCGGAAUAUUAACGAUGCUACAUUUAUAACACCUCCAAUGUAUCAUACGUUUCAAACCCCUCUUCCUUAUCAUUCAGAUCCUAGCAUGAGUUUAGCUAAAACAAAUCCACAAAAUAUGGCAGAUGAUCAGUGGAUAUCUCUCUUGCCAAUCACACCUCAGAAUUACAACCAAGCUCUUCAUAUAAAUGAUCCGCCGUUAACUUUCGGUUCAUCUCAAACCGAUUUUGAAGAUUUUGGUCAAGGGACAAGCUUUAGACCCGUACCAUUACCUAUACAACAGGGAAUGCAAAUGCAAAAUGACAUCAAUGCCAAUAAAUAUAGAGGCUAUGAUCCUUACACACUUCAAGCACCUAACGCUGAUAUAACACCCGUAAACCCACAUAAUAACAAACAAAGUCAGCAUUACGAAACCCAUGACUUCGGAGCUGGAAUAAAAAUAAUGUCAACACCUUUAAAUCAAGACGAUAUGAGAGACGAAUCUGUGAAUUGUCAAAUCUACGGAAGAAGCCAAAAUAGAUCAGUAAGCCAACAAAGUUAUAGACGACAAAACAAACAUUCUAGUCAAGUACCCAUCCAAGAACAAUCGUAUGAAAGCCAAAAAAUGUGUACUUCACGUCAAAAUUCCUUGCAAAACGGUCAAAUUGUACCAGGAGUGUCACCUAUGAAUCCACAAACGAGUAGGUAUUACAGAUCACUGCAACAGCAAUUUGAGCAAUAUUCCCGACGUCAUUUUGAAGACAUGAAUAAAUCGCAACAGUACAAUAAUACAGGAUUGGAUCAGAGUUAUAGAAACCAAUUUUAUACUUACCCGCCUGUCAUUCCUUUAACGUCUGCUUCGUCAAACAGCCAGGUACCGUCUGUAGCUAUACCAGGGUACUUCAGACCGUUUCUACCUCCCACAAGACAUCAAAAAUCUCCAUGUAAACCUUGCAGAAGAUCAUCCACAGCAAUGUUAGAUUCAGAACCGUGUCUCAGAAAAAUAGUGAAGAGUCAAAAACAAGCGCAGAAUCGUAUUGAAAACAAAUUGGCUGAUGAUGAAGAUUAUAACUUCACAGUACUUUUCAAGUAA